GUCAGAGACCGCAUUGGGUCGUCAGCAGCCACUGGGAAAGGAGCAGCUGCUCACGUGAUGCGGCCGUCGAGCGGACUGCGGAGAGGAAGCCUACGCUCUGUGAGUUGAAGCCGAUCGGGGCUGUGGGGUGUUUGUCGCAAUGGUCUGCAUUCCCUGCAUCGUCAUUCCAGUCCUGUUGUGGGUUUACAAGAAGUUCUUGGAGCCUGUCUUGUAUCCAUUCAUUUCUCCCUUUAUUUCCCGGCUGUGGUCUAAACAAGUGGUGAAAGAAGAAAUCUCCACACCAAAAACCCAAGUGUGUAAUGGAACAUUCAAGUCUGACCAACCGUUGAUGAAAGAAGACAGGAAUACCACGAACAAAGACACAGACAGCUUCAACGCACAAGGAUCAGACAAAAAGACUGAUUAAGCCUUUCAUCAAGCAAUAACCUCGCAAAAUGUCUGUUGGUGGUAGCAUUAUUUAAAAGAAAUAGUUUUAUUAACUAGCUUCCAGUUUAUGUAUAAAAAUUCCAAUGUUUUAUCAUUGUGUUGUAUUUCAUACUGUUCUAUUUAAUAGCUUCCUUUUAUACACUGCUGUAAUAAUUGUAAUCUCUGUGAAGCUGGAUAAAUCUUCCAUAAAUACAUCUUAAUCUCUGUUCUCCAUUAGAAAUGUUGUUGCAAUGAUGUUACAGUACUUAGCCUUGGUCGAGAGCUGACUCUGCAACUAUACUGUACUAGUAAAGAAACAACUCCUGAUUAAAUUCGAGAAAAGGCAUUCCUUAUAGCAAUUGUGGAUCAAACCAGUAAAAAGGUGGUCAUUUCAUGUAACUGGCUGAGGUGCUGAUGAAUCUCAAUGUUCAAUGGCUUAUUUAAAUUAUUUUUAAUCUGAUAGUUUGUUCUUUCUCAUUUUGCCAAUUUCUGAGGUAGUGCAUAGUUGGAUGUUGUCAAAGAAAAAAUAUUGUAAACUAAAAGUUCUGAGUUUCGACAUAUCCUUCUGAACAGCCUUAGCUGGGGCUGGCAGGCUCCCAUCUGAGUUAUACAAGGAGAUUGAAAGGUUUGGCGGCAUUUAGAUUUUUUGUAAGACUCUAUCUGGUGCACGAGGUGGCACUUAAUCAAUAUGGUCAGAAGUUCCAGAUCUGUUAGCUAUCUGUAUUGUGCUGAACUUAGCUGGGAUAGAAACUCUAAAUUCAAAUAGUUAGGUUUUGGAGGAGAACUCUUACCUGCAGCCACUCAAAAUAAAUAUUGCAAUUGUUUCUGGAAGAAUUCAGACAGGUUCUAGUGUCCUUUCAUUUAGAAAUAA